UUUACAGGAUUUAAGCAAAUCUGCUGGAAUUCCUUGAUCUUAUUCCUGUUCCCUACAGCUUGAGUAUUAUACCAGCCUUGGUAUGAUUGAUUGCUGUUAACUACCUCUCUUUUUAGGCUUUCACUGAAGAUCUCUGUGGAGGAAGCAUUAGUAUUUCAGCUGGUCUUGAUGAAUAGUAGUCCUGCCAGUUCAGGAGAAAUGGGUUGAAUUCCAGAGAGCCAAGAACAUUUUAGAAGAUGGUACUUCUUGUUCCAAAAUUCAAUACAGAAUAAUCUGGAAAAAUCAAAACAGAAAGACUCUGUAGGGAAUCAUAGGCUUAUUUCAAUAGAACUGUGCUUGUAUCAGGGUGAGAAGGUCAUUAGUGUUAAAUAGUGGACUUAGAUAUUUACAACUACUUCAAAUUUGCCCAUACAAGGAAGUUCAGUAUCUAUUUUACCUUAUCUGUAGAUACAUUACCAAUCUAAACUGACGUAGUUAUAUUGGUGUGAUUUUCUUCUUUGUCUUCCUCUACCGUGGAGAGGGCCAUGUAGCCAUGAGAAGCUUUUGAGAAUCCUGAGAUCCACCUCUCUCAAGAAAAUGUCAUUAUAUGUGCCAGAAAACCAGAGGAGUCUUGGCAAGAAGGAAGUAGUUCCAAAAGAGGAACCCCCACAGAGGAGACAACUGCAAACCCCACUAUAUCUGUCCAUAGUUCAUCAUUCUUCCAAAAACUGAAUACAGACUUGGACUUCUGUUGCUUUCGGUGCACUGGCCUGUGUUUCCUUUAAAAUUACUUUUUCUAGGAAAUUACUUUAUCUAGGAAAACCUUGCUUUGAGAGGGAAGCAACUCAGAAGCUACUGUGAGAGAAAUCCAAUGCAGGCUUUUGCUAGAGAUUUUGAGCCUAUGUGUCAGGGCUAAACAGUGAGUGUCUUAAGGGAGGGAGUUCUGAAGGAGCAUCAAUAACUUCUACUGCUGAUUAAGGAGCAAAUUGCUCUGAAUGCUAGUAGAUUUUCUGUUUGUGUCUCCAGUGUAUCCUUUCCUUGUGUUUUCACUGGAGUAAGUGCUUUUAAAUUCCAACACAGUCCUGUAUUUUUAUGUGUUCCUUUUUUACCAGUGCUGCCUGGGAGUUAAAGCACGCUGUUGCAUCUAAGCUAUUUCCAUCCUCUGUUGCCCUGAUCGUCUGCCUCCCUCACUACGAGGAUAUAGGAGAUUUGCUCCUAAUUAACUGAGUGCAAUUCUUGGCCAAAUGCACUCCAGAAAGAGCUCCUUCCUACCACUCAGCAACUCCCGUAAAAGAUCCAGCAGGUAGUGAAAUUUCCUUGCCUUUGAUGACUGAGGAUGAGGCAACACAAAACUGUCAAGUGAAGUGAGUAAUGGGCAAUAAGUGAAACAGGAAAAAAGGCUUUUUGUCAAGCCAAUGGAUUUUUAGCAGCCCAUUCCUUGUUUUUAUGCUGAAGUCUUUGGAAGUGCUACUUAGCAGACUUGGCCAGAAGUGAGCUCAGUUCUUAAGGUGACCUUCAUGUUUCAUGCUAGAGAAUACCAGGAGUUAAUCCUUCCAAAAUCAGAAUAUAAGUAUAGGAAAUGCCCAAUAGACUGAGCUGAGAAGAAGCACAGGGAACGUUUAAAAAAAAUCUGAGAUUGAACAGCUUCAAAUGGGCCAAUUCCCUUCUUAGAUUUAAUAGUGUUAAAAACUUGUUGUAGCCUCGAACCCUAAUUCAGAUGAAAGAGCAGUAAGCUAAAAACACUACCCCCCCCCAUGGGAUUGUUCAUGGUAAUACAAUAAUGAUCAACCCUCUGGAAAGCAUCCUAGCCAACUGAGGGAAAAUAAAGCCCAAGGUCAAGGAGAAGCUUGAUGGAAAAAUCUCUGGAGGCAAUACCCAUGGGGGCAAGAUGCAGGCUGAAAAUUGGGAAUGCACCUUGGAGAGGGCUGUGCCACCUGUGGGUUUUCCAUGGGGAGAUCUGGAAGCUGCUUAACGUAAAGUUUUCUGGGUCCCAUUUACCUGGGUUCAAGUAUGAGGAGAGCUGACUUCGGGAAGCUGCAAGCAGGUAAUCGAGGAGGCAGCGGUGGGGGGAUAAAGUCCAGAUUCCUUCCAAGAAGUCUAAUCUCUGGCAAGUGUGCGCGCACACGCCGUUUCCUUUCCCGGUUGUUGCCGGGGGCUUUGCAGUAGGACACAGCCCCAGCUCCUGGCCGUGCUGCAGCCUCUGUGCCGCGGGGAGGGGAGGAAGAAGCAGCUGCGGGAAGGAGGCAUUGCAGGAGAGGAGCGGGCGGCCGCCCGGGCGCUGGGGAGGCGGAGGCUGGCGCUGGGAGAAGCGCGUACCUGGAGCACGGGGGAGGCUGGGCAGAGGAGGGGACAGCGGGGAGCGGAGCGGGCUGAGGGUGCGCCCCACCGCCUGCGCUCCCUCCUCCCGCUUUCAGAUGCGCUAGGUAAAUUCUGGGGCGUGCUGUCCUCCCUUAUUUCUCUCCCAUCUUUUUCCCCUUCCUGAAGAGAAGACUCAAGGAGAAGAGAUGGGGAAAGGAAAGGGAAAGUGAGAUUCUAAGAUGCUGCUGGGAACUUUGAUCCCUUCCCUUAUAUCCCUUUCCCUGCGUAGAAAUGGAAAAGGCAUCCUGCUGCCCCCGGUGCGGAGUGGCUAGCGUGGGAAAGCAGAGCCCCGCAGCUGAACGAGAAUGUGAUGCUUGAGGAACCUUCUGCCCACUUUUUACAGGAGGGAUGGAGAUCUCAAAAAUACUCGGGCUCCUGGUGGAGCUCUCGAGUCUGCUAUCCUGUCUCAGAUGUGUGGAGGCUUUCUUGGGAUCCCAGCCCAACCAAAACCAUUUGCAGAGUGCAGCAUCCAGCGGCUGUGCUGUCGGACCCCUGGGGUAUUACAAUGGCUCGCUGGCGGUCACUGAGGCGGGGGCAGAAUGUCUCAACUGGGCAGAGUUCCCCGAUUAUGUCCAGCAGUACCCAGACCGUGGCCUGGGGGACCACAACCACUGCAGGAACCCAGAUGGGGGAACGACACCCUGGUGCUUCUACCGGCUCUCGUCAGGGGCCAUCGGCUGGUCCAACUGUGACUGUAACCAAGGUGCUGUGCGGUUGGCUGAAGAUAGUAGUGUGGAGCUGUACUUCAGUGGACUCUGGGGUACCAUCUGUGCUGACCACUGGACUGACUGGGAUGCCAGUGUUGUCUGCAGGCAACUAGGUCUCAGUGAGAUCGGCACAGCUGGGAAGAAGAGUCAUCCUGGACCAUGGCCUGUUCCCCUGCACCUGCAGUCAGCAAACUGCCAUGGGGAUGAGAAAGCUCUGCUGCAGUGUGGCUAUCAGGAAGCUGUGUCGGGAGCUUGUAAACAGGGGAGUGCCAUGGUAACUUGCGUUCCUCCAGAAGGUGUAGGUGCCCCACUGCGUAUUGUUGGGGGGAAGGAGAGCUUUGAAGGGCGAGUGGAGGUUUACCACGAUGGCAAGUGGGGCACCAUCUGUGACGACCAGUGGGACGACCGGGAUGCUGAAGUAGUCUGUAGACAGCUGGGACUCAGUGGGACCCCAAAAGCCUUGUCAUGGGCUCACUAUGGGCAGGGAUCUGGCCCAAUCCUGCUGGAUGAAGUGCAGUGCUCAGGCAAUGAACUCUCACUUGACCAGUGCAAGAAGAGUGACUGGGGACAGCAAAACUGUGACCACAUUGAAGACGCUGGGGUCUCCUGUGACCCUUUCACAGAGGGCACUGUCAGGCUGGCUGGUGGCCGCAGCCCCAGCGAAGGCAGGGUAGAAGUUUAUUACAAUGGAGAUUGGGGCACAGUUUGUGAUGAUGGCUGGACAGACCUCGGUGCCCAGGUGGUCUGCAGGCAGCUGGGCUUCAGUGGUCCUGCUGCCCUGGCCUCUGAAGGGGACUAUGCUGCUGGCCAAGGCUUUAUCUUACUGGAUGAUGUGGCAUGUGUGGGGACAGAGCUGUCCCUCCUGGACUGUCCCCACAGCAACUGGGGGCAGCAUGACUGCUCACAUGCCGAAGAUCUGGGAGUCCGCUGUUCCCCAGAAAGCAACACAGUCAUGGAUGGCAGCCUGGGGCCUCCCAUACGGCUGGUGGAUGGAGAAAGCACCAAGGAGGGACGGGUUGAGGUGUUACUGAAUGGGCAGUGGGGCAGUGUCUGUGAUGACGACUGGACGGACAGAGAUGCCACAGUGGUUUGCAGGCAACUGGGGUUCAGUGGUACCGCAAAAGCCAGAGCAAUGGCUUAUUUUGGCGAAGGCCAUGGGCCCAUCCAUCUGGACAACAUAGAAUGCAGUGGCACGGAGCACACCCUGGGGCAGUGUGCCAGGUCUGACACCACGAUUCACAGCUGCUGGCACAGUGAGGAUGCUGGUGUGAUCUGUGACUACGUGGAAGAGAAGGUCCAAGAUAUCAGAAGAACAGGUCCAGAGUCUGGUGUGUGUGGGAUGCGCCUUCUGCACCGUCGCAAGAAAAGGAUCAUAGGUGGAAACAAGUCUCUCAGAGGUGGUUGGCCAUGGCAGGCCUCACUUCGGCUGAAGGGUUUUCGUCGAGAUACUCGUCUGCUGUGCGGGGCAACACUGAUCAGCAGCUGCUGGGUGGUGACUGCAGCCCACUGCUUCAAAAGGUUCGGUGUUGAUGUGCGGCGCUACCUGCUGCGGGUGGGCGAUUACCACACAGGCGUGAAGGAUGAGUUUGAGAGGGAGCUGCCUGUGGAGCGGAUUGUCCUGCACAGGAACUACUGGGCUGGCAGCAAUGACAAUGACAUAGCCCUGGUCCGGGUGCGGGGCAGAGAAGGGCACUGUCUCUCCUUCAAUCGCCAUGUUCUGCCCGUCUGCCUGCCCGACAGGAAAGAGAGGUCUGACAUUAACAGGCAAGCCUGCAUCAUCUCCGGCUGGGGAGACACAGGGAAGUCCUAUUCAAGAACGCUGCUGCAGGGGGUGGUGCCUCUUCUCCCGCGGGAAGACUGUGAGGUCCGCUACGGGCAGAAGUUCACUAACCGCAUGAUUUGUGCCGGGAACCUCUCUGAAGAUAAACGGGUGGACAGCUGUCAAGGGGACAGUGGAGGGCCACUCAUGUGUCAGAGGUCGAAUGGGCGCUGGAUCAUUUUGGGCAUCACUUCUUGGGGGUAUGGCUGUGGUCGGAAGGAUUCACCCGGUGUGUACACAAAGGUCAGCAAAUUUGUACCCUGGAUCAAGAGAGUGACCAAGCUAAAAUGAAAAUGACUGGGCUCUAGGAACUUCAGCCUAUGGUCCUUUUGCCCUGCAGCAGCAGAAGGCUGAGGCUUCUGGUUGUGACUGAUGGAGAUUUAUUUUGUCAUUGGACACUGACAAAGGACUUUGAUGUAGAACUGGAAGAAAACCAGUUAUGACUGAUGCUUUAGUCUUUGAUUUCACUUUAGUCUGUAAUCUGUAAGCAGAGAAAGCAGGUGCACACUGGUAACAAUGAUAAGUAUACAUUGCCCUAAGUAUCUGAGUCCCGUAAUGCAGUGACACUUGUCCUUUGCCCUGGCACACAGAAAUGGUAGAAGCAGAGAGAUACCUGCCACUGAAAAUCUAUUCCUGUUUGUAUGUCUGGACAGUUGAAAAAUGCUGCAAGGAGAGGUGAGAUGCUUGGAAGAUGGCACCGGGUGCUGGCAUAGUGGAAAUCUUCAGAUAUUUUUUCAUAACAGCUCUCUUCAAUUCCAGGAAUCAGAUGAUUUGAGCUGAGCUGGGGUUUUUUUCUUCCCUGUUAUGUCUCUAGGGGGAACCUUUUCUCUUCUGAAUAGUAUGUCUGCUUCCAUAUGAUCCCUUUCAAGUGUCUGCCCCUGCUAAGAGAUGCUUGUCCUUUCUGCUGUAAUCCUCUGUCACACGUUUCUAGCUGCCAGAUGCUACGGUUUUAUUGCUGCUUUCUCACUAUAGUGGUUCUUUGUGUGUGUUUGUUUUCUUGCUUCCUUAAAGUAGCAUCUCCUAGUUGUUGGUGUGGGAGUAAAUCUUCAUUUUUAAGAGACAGUAGCUUUCUUGCCCUUAUGAUUACUGUGAAGAACUUAAAAAUAUGACCUCAAGUGGCUGAAUAGACAUGUUAUUUUUCUUUAAAUCCAAAUGUAACGUUAAUCUCAAACAUUCAGGUGUUGAAUCAUGAUUUAACAGCACUGUAGGGACUUCCUCUUGGUAGCUUAAUCACCACAGUUAUUAGCUGCCCUUUACUUGUGCUGUUAGUCUUUAAUAUCUCUGUGUUCACAGUUCUCCCAUGAAACAUGGAAUUACUCCUGGGGUAUAGAUACACCUCAAGCAAAUUACUCACUCCUUGUGAAAAACAGUAAGUGUGCUGCAAAGCAGCUUCCUGCUUUCCUGAAGUGUGUCCUAUUCUUGAAACCUCUGGGCUACUCUUUCUUUUUUUCUCUUCUUUGCACUAUUUCUCUUUUCAUUCCUCUCAUUGGGAGUAAACUGGCUUAACUCAAGGGUAUGCAAGCACUGUCAUCAAGCUGUAGUUCUCAGCCUGAAAAGAAAUAAUGCUGAGAGAAAGCAGGGAUUAUUGAAUACUUCAAUUUCUUCCUUCCAUCUCAUCCAAACAAAUGAACAGAGUUCCCUCUUAUGCCUUAAGCAGUUUUUAAAGUUAAUUUAUUAUUCUUGGGUAGGUAAAAAAAUAUAAAACUAGACAGAAGGGCUAAGUGCAUUAACAGCUGUGCAGUGCACAGUGUCUUCUCACUGUGUAUAGAUAAGCCAGAGAGAAGACAGGUCUGCUCAGGAGCAGAAAGCUUUGAUGUGUAACAAAGGACCCAAAUGUGGAGUAAUAAUACAAGAUGGGACACGUGGAACUUGUGCCAGAUGUGCAUGUUUUGGGUUUGCUCAUGCACUGCAGGGUAGGCAAUCACUGGGUCUGGCACUGACCUGCUGCCUGGAAGGUCUGCACUCAAGGCACUGAGGUGUUCAGUAUCUAGGCAUUACAAAGGCAAGAACAGAGGGCAGAGCACAGCCUGUGGAUUAGCCCUGUCAUGUUACAGGGCAUGUGGUGACAGAGUUCUAGAAAUCACCUUGGAUUCAAUAAGUAGUGAUUGCCUAAAGCUUUAAUUUGUCUUCUGUAAAAUAGCUGACCUGGCUAGGUGGCUGAUUUUUGUGUGAGAAUGCUAAACUAAACAGUUCCAUUUACCCUCUCCAGGGGUUAUAGAAAAGUUGGGUUACCAGUAUUGGAAUGGACUGUUUAAAGAUCCUGCUUGGAAACUUUAUUUUAACAAAGAAUUGUAGAAAUCUUAAAAACAUGCAAUGUCAGAACCCCUGCAAACUGGCCUUGGAGACAAACCUGAUCUGUUUGUGCCUCUUCUUGAGGUCCAGAGUGUCUUCAGUGCAGCUUGUGCUGGUAGCCCUGUCUGAAGUGCCAGGCUUGAUCCCUUGGCAGCACUGUGCCUGGCUCCACACUAGCUGUGUUGUCCUAUGGCUGCUGGCAGAGAGUCUCUAAGAUGCAAGCUGCAGACUGCUCCUUAUCUCCCAGGAAUUAAAAUGGCAGGAGGACUGAAGGCAAUUAUGUCACAGCCCUCUGGUCUUGUAGGGGAUUAAAUGCCAAGUUCCACACUGGCAGCAACAGUACCUGUCUGGGAAAUGUGGAGGGAUUUGGCUUUUACCUUCAGCCUCCCCUGAGCCAGCAUGCUACAGCAGCUCAAAUGGAGUUUCUGUGCCUUGGGUGCUGUCACAUUUCUAGUUUAACUUGGUUUGAUCUUUCAGUUUAUACCCAUAACCCCAACAGGCAUAGAAACACCAAAAGGACUGAAACUGUGAGGUUAUUUCCCUAAGCCUACUUAGCAGAUGGCCAUUCAGCAGUUACAAUAAAUUACCAUGUAGCACAAGCGAGACACAGGCCUUGCAUUGUCUUCUGAAAUUCCCAUGUUCUAGUUCAAAAUAUUUCUUUCUCCCAGAUCUUAUCACCGUGAAAGCUUUGAGAAUCCUUGUAAUUUAACAUAUCCUGAGUCCUGCAUGAGCCAAGAGGAGAGAAGGAAGUAUCCAAUCUCCUUCCACUGCUUUUACACCCUACUGGUGCUGUAGAUGAGCCUGCCAAUACUCUCUUCCAUUGUCCUGGCCUGUUUCAGAGCACCACUAGUGCUCAUUGCUGUUUAACUGGGACUGUGGUCCAAACUAAACGCCUGUGCCAUGCCACUGAGGCUUACAAGAACUGCCUGGCUGGAUGAGCAGCACUCAGCCACCACAGGACUGUAUUUUGUAAUAUUAGCAAGCAGCAGAUGUUCCAAAAGGUAGUAUGUGUGAGUUUGUACUGAACAAGUUUUAACAACCUUUCCUUUUGGAGAAUUUUGCUCUUGACCCAUUUAAAUUAAUUACUUGCAUUACUAUUAUUAUUAUUAUUAAAAAUUGAAGUACAAGUACUUGGUCCCAUAGGUGUUGUUAAAACACUGCACUAUCCUUUUGUAAGUCCUUGUUUUUUCUAAGUAUAAGAGCUUAUAUCCCUAACUUUUAAAAACCUAUUUAAUGUAACCAACCUUCAUCUUCCAUAUAAAUGUUUAAAUUUUUAAUUUUGUGUUUAAUCAAACUAAGCUCUUUGUCUCAAUAUUUUCUGGCAAUGAAAACCAAUGCAAUUUUAUUCUCCAUAGCACAUAAUUUCUUUUUAUGGUUCCUGAAUUAAUUGCCUUUUGUUUUUAUUGAAUCCCAUUUGUCCUUGUGUUCUCAGCCAUAAGACGAACUAAGGAGCCUGGUUUUAUAUUCUCUGUUGUUCAUUACUCUAGAGAUAGUUCUUUUUCUCAGACUGUGGCUUCUCUGUCUCUCUUCAACCCAAACUGUCUAGGUGUCUCAUAACAUGCUGAACUAUCUUUCCCUGUCUUCUCUUUCUGCUGGAUCUUUAAACUUUGGUAACCAGAACUGAAUGCAGUUUGCCAGGGGAGGCUGUGUCACCUGCUGAUUAUUUGAGUACAAUUUUCUAUAGUAGGCAAUACUGUAAGUGAUUUUAGUGCUGUAUGUCUGUAUGCUGGAGCCAGCCUUAAACUUGCUAGUGCGGUCUUUGUGGCAGCCUUGUUACAAGGGGAUGAAAACCCACUGAGGUUAGUUCUCCCCGUGUCUCAGGCAGGUGCAGCAGUUGCACUGAGCUCACAGCAAUUGCUGCAGGUAUAUCUGGGGACCUCUGGGCAGGGAGCACCUGUAGAGCUUUGCCUUGGCUGACACUGGUAGGGCUGGUUCAGUCCACCUUUGCAGCAUCACUCUGUUGGAUAAGGCUAAUGCAGAUACACUGUUUCGAGGAGCUAAGAGCUCAGUCAGUGUUGCUGGUGGCUGCACUGUGCCAUGUGGAUGCUGUGAGACGGUUUCCCAUAGCAGUGUGGCACAUGCUGGUUAUGUGAGAAAGGGAACAUCACUAUGACUGGCGAGGAGCAUUGGCAGAAGGAGAAAUGUGGUUGUGGUAAGGGCCUAAAGAGCAGCUAUUAGUGCUCCAGGUAUCCCUCUUCAAGGGAAAACUCCAGUGCUACAAAGGCUAACCCAGUGCUGGUGUCUUCCUGACCUGCAAUGCCUGCACUGGUGACCAUCCAUGCUUUGGCCAUCUGAAGCUGGAUUAAAAAUUUAUCCCUUUGCUGUGGCUGAACACUGUUCUGAUGAUUUCUAUUAAUUAUGUUCUAUGCUGUAAUUAAUCAGGCAGCUGUUUAUUAACCUGAACAGGAUGUUGAUUACCCUUGUAAUCCUUGUAGCAGAGAAUAACAGAUCAGUUUUUCAAAGGCAUUAGUGGAGGCAUUGGUGAGGAACCAGGAAUGUGGAUAUUUACUGUCUCAGGGGUAAGAGAGGUAGGUCUGCCUUUUGUCUGUCUUCCUUUUUUUUUUCUGAAGCCAAUAUUCUGAAGUUUCUUCACCCCAAAAGAGCUGCAGUGAUCCAUCAACCACUUGAAGACAGGUUUUGAUGUGUAUACUCAGCAAUCAGAUGAAAGCUUUUGAGAGAUGAACUGCACUGUGGUAUUUAACGCUAUCCCGAUAGACUUGCUGGGAGUUCCUUGCAGAUGGAGGGACCAGAAUCAACUCUGGUGGUAACCAACUGCUCCUUGUAGAAUCAGGCACUGUGACCUGGACCAGUGCAUGUCUUCUGGGCUCUAUUUUUACUUGUUUGGGAAAAUAUUUAGUUUUCCACAUCAAGAAGAAAAACUCAUUUGUGUAAUAGCCCAUUCAGUCCUAUUAAAAUCCCUUUCUACUGAACAGGGGCUGAGUACCUCUGAAAUCAGUCAAGUGCCAAAACUGUCAUGUCCCUUGGAUCAACACCAAUGGCUCACAAGGUAUGCUAAUAAAUGGAUUAUACCGUGA